CAUUCCACACCUCCCUCUCUCUCUCCUCGCCUUCUUCUUCCUCCCCUCCCCCUUCUCCCCCCAUCUGCGGCGGGGUUGAUUCGAUUUCGAUUCCCUUCCCCCAUCCAUCGCCCACCUCCCCCAGACAGCCAACGCAAUCCGCUCCCCGAGGCGCGCCUCCCUGACCCUGACUCCCUCCCCCCACAACGUGCGCGCUCACUCGCGGGCGGGCGUGCGGGCGGGGCCGGCACCACUCACCGUCACCACCCUUAUUAAUUCCUCUUCCGCGUCCGCGCUUCAAAACCUCCUCCUCCGCCUCGUCCCCCCCUCUACCACUCUCUCUCCAGCCCCGCGGCGGCCGCAUUGCUCGCCGCCGCACCGAGUCCGGCUAGGUCCCCUCUUGGCUCUUGCAUUUCGAUUUCGCCUCCCCCUGUCCCUGUGUUUGGUUUGGGUUGGGUUGGUUGCAAGGAGGGGACGGGGAGAGUUUGAUCGGAGGGCCAAAAUGUGGGCGGAGCGGGUGGUCGGGGAGCGCCGGAUGCGGCAGAUCCAGCGCUUCGCGCGGAACGCCAAGCUCACCGUCGUUUGCCUCCUCCUCACCGUCGUCGUGCUCCGCGGCACCGUCGGCGCCGGCCGCUUCGGCACGCCGCAGCAGGACCUCAUCGAGCUCCGCCAGCACUUCGUCUCCCACCCGCACCGGGCGCUCGCCGAGCACCACGACGCCAGGUCCAGGGCCUCCACCACCACCACGUCGUCCUCCUCCUCCGUCCGCCGCGACGACGAGCCCGACCCGCCGCCGAGGACGCUCAGGGACCCGCCCUACACGCUGGGCCCCAAGAUCUCCGACUGGGACGAGCAGCGCGCCGCCUGGCACCGCCGCCACCCGGAGACGCCGCCCUUCCUCAACGACAUCAAGCCGCGGGUGCUGCUCGUCACGGGUUCCUCGCCCAAGCCCUGCGAGAACCCCGUCGGGGACCACUACCUCCUCAAGUCCAUCAAGAACAAGAUGGAUUACUGCCGCGUCCACGGCAUCGAGGUCUUCUACAACAUGGCGCUGCUCGACGCCGAGAUGGCCGGCUUCUGGGCCAAACUCCCGCUCCUGCGGGCGCUGCUCCUCGCGCACCCGGAGUUCGAGUUCAUCUGGUGGAUGGACUCUGACGCCAUGUUCACCGACAUGGCAUUCGAGCUCCCUUGGGAGCGCUACGGGCCAUACAAUCUGAUCAUGCACGGCUGGGACGAGAUGGUCUACGACGACAAGAAUUGGAUUGGGCUAAACACCGGCAGCUUCUUGCUGCGCAACUGCCAGUGGUCACUUGACAUGCUGGAUACCUGGGCGCCAAUGGGGCCAAAGGGCCCUGUCCGCAUUGAGGCUGGCAAAGUGCUGACCAAGUCCUUGAAGGAUCGGCCAGUAUUCGAGGCCGAUGAUCAGUCGGCCAUGGUGUACAUCCUCGCAACGCAGCGCGAGAAGUGGGGUGAUAAGGUUUACCUUGAGAAUGGGUACUACCUUCAUGGCUACUGGGGGAUCUUGGUCGACAGGUAUGAGGAGAUGCUUGAGAAUUACAAGCCAGGGCUCGGCGAUCACCGGUGGCCGCUCGUCACACACUUUGUCGGGUGCAAGCCAUGUGGCAAAUUUGGAGACUACCCUGUCGAGCGAUGCCUCAAGAAUAUGGAUCGUGCGUUCAAUUUUGGUGAUAACCAGAUCUUGCAGAUGUAUGGAUUCACUCACAAGUCACUUGCAAGCAGGAGAGUGAAGAGGAUCAGGAAUGAGACCAGCAACCCGCUUGAGACAAAGGAUGAGCUUGGGUUGCUUCAUCCGGCAUUCAAGGCUGUGAAGACUUCCACAUGAUAAUUAGAGUACAAUUCCACUUGUUAUUUUGUUGGUUCGUUCUAGAUCCUGUUGGGUCUAAAUCCAAAGUGUUCUUUUUGUAGAAUCUGGUGGUAACAGAAGUUUGGGUUGGGAUCAUGGGAUGGAUAUCUUUGUUGUAAUGUGAGGUAUUAGGAGAAAUGAUGUUAUGUUUAUUUAUUGGCAUAAGUUAUGUCUUACACUCGUAGAAAUGAGUUAAAUGGAUGGACUCAGGUUAUUGGUCGCCAUGAUAGAUUUCAAUAUAGUUUCCUGUUUUUCUCUUA